AUGUCCGGCCCUGAACUUCCCGAGCGUACCUCGCAGGGUCCCCCGCAGGUCAAAAGUUCUUCUCAGGGGACUCCCAUUACACAUGGAGUGCCAGAAGGUCAAGCAGAGGAGCAGCAAUUAGAUGGAUCACGGUUAAGAGCUACGAGAAGACUGACGGGCAACUUGAGGGGGAAUCUUCCGCAUGUUAACCUGGCACAUCGAGAGAUCCCGUUCGCACAUUUGCGUGUUCAUUUUGAAGAGUUUGCCGCACAACUGCGGCUGCACCGACACCAUGAAUAUCGAAAACGAAUGCUCUCUCAUCGACGAAAUCACCUUCAAAAUGCCGUGGCUCUGUCUGCUCGGUUGUACAGAGUGGGAUCUUGGGUCCACGAUGGACUGGUCGAAAUUUCUCAGCAAGCAGAUGCAAAUGGCUUUACACGAGUGCAUCAGCACAUGCAAGAUCUGGUGGAUCUGUGUUAUUCCCAAUGGAAUCAUGAAAUUCAUGCCUUGGACGGAACUUAUACUCCGAAACCGCCUACAAAGCAUUCAUUUCUGUCGAAACUACCCGCGGCGUCUCAAGAAGAUUGUCUUGAAUUAAUUCAGACCCUCCGCAGCAACCCCCGGUUUUUGGUGGAAAGAUUCAAGGCAAUGUCUCCCGCACAGAUAUCGGCUCUAUCGACCUUCCCGAAGUUCCAAGAACUUUCCGAAUCGGUGUUGACUUCCUUGUCACAAAAUCGAGGACGAGCUUCCCAGAAAAAGCGAAUUAAAGCCUACUCCAAAGAUCUCGAGGACUAUGCUUCAUCUUUUGAACGGUCGAAUCCCUUGACCUUCCUUCUCUACAAUGUUUAUGGACCGUUCCAGGGUGUCCAAAGCUAUGAAAGCCAGCUGCGAUUUUCCACUUGGUCUACAAUUUGUUCGAGCUUGAUGAUGGAAUCAGAACAGGCCUUUUACGCCAUAAUCGGGCAGGUCUUAAGUGCAUUUGCGAAUUUGCAUGAGUGGCCAAUAAAAGAUCGACUGGAACUAUUUUUGAUGAGAACUCUGCAGAGAGGUGCAUUCCUGCUUGAUCUGGUGGAGAAUUCAGCGGCGAGCCCGCAUUCUGAUCUCAGUUUUUACGAUCCGUUCAGCACCCCACAAGCUCAGGACUUUUUCGACGAGGCCGUCAAGGAACUCUUCGAAAUACUGGGUUGCGACGGAGGUAUACCUACGGGUGCUCUUCAUCUGGGUCGUGUCAUUAUUGGAAAAUUUCCGACAGUCGAUAUUCAGAGUCAGUUUCGUGGUCACUUCUUUUAUCAAUGGUUCAUGCGCGAUUUUUUAAGAAUCGCGAUCGCAUAUCCAGAGGCGAGUCCCUCCUGUCUCUCUAGUGAAUCGACUGACCUUCGAAAAAGGAUGAGAAAAUGCUUCUACAGUUCCAUAUCAGUGAUAAAGCAAGGUCACAUUUGCUGCAGAAACUAUGGGACCGCGCCUAUGCUCAGGCGAGUGAUGUUUUCAACCCAAUGUAAGAUUUUGCUUGCGGAAUCGAUCGAUCGAGAUGUACAAGCUUGUGUGAUUGCCAUGAUCAGCAAACUGGACGCCGAAGACCAGUGUUUCGAUCCGUAUCAAGCCAACAAAUCUGAAAAUGUCAUUUUGACAUCCUCCAGCCCGACCUGCCUCUCAAUCUGUGCAGCAGAUAUUGCCCAUGUUCUCGAAGCGCUCAGCCCGCAGUUUAUUCACACGUCAAGCCCGUGGGACUCUUUUCUCAGCUCCGCUCAUGCCACCUUCAACAUGCAAUAUGGUCGUGCAAGCGGUAAAUUUGACAAGUUGAGACGACGAAUAUUGGACGUUAUCGAACCCGGCCAUUCUUCCAAGAAUAUACACCCUUGUCAAGAGCAUUGGGCUCCGCUUACAAUUUCAAGGGAAGGAAAACUAACGGCCUCGACGACGAAUGUGCCCAAUGAGACCGACACGAAGAUCGAAACGCUAGAAGGUCUUCAUCUGGCCGAAGAAGCUGCUCUGCGCUUGGUUGAAGGACCGAACUCUUCCUUGGAUGGGCAGUCUUUCGAUCCCGUCCAGGUUUCCCGUCUCAACGAGCGUAGUCUGUCCGACAUGUUCACAGCAGAAGCAAAGGCGGCUCAGAUAAAGACCGACAGUAUUUCGUCCAUGUACUGGCAGAAUGCACGGGCCUUUUUACAAGUCCAUUUCCCUCUCUCAGUAUUGGCAAAGGACGACACUAAAAUCCUUGGACCUCUGACCGAGAGAUUGAUACGAUGUCGAUUGCUACUUGCGGACGAAUGCCUUCAAGUAGAGCAAGAGGUGGCCGAAUUAGAGGCUGUCAACAAUCUUGCAAGAGCGAAGAUAUCCAAGCUUUCCGGAUGGCUGGACAAACUCCGAAUCAAACUCUGGUACAAAAUGGACGUGGUAAGCUCGAAUGACUAUGAAGAUGCAAAGAACGUGGCUACGGCCUUGAAUAACAUGGCAUUACCUACGUUACAAGGAUAUGCGCCGGUCGAGGCGAGAGGAGUUUCACCAGCACCCAGCCGUCCGAGCACCGCAGGCACAUCUGCUUCGUCCGUGUUCGAUCAGCCGAGACAUGACACCAUGAGUAUUCUGAAAGCACCUGCAGAACACGGCGGCCCAAGAAAACUGUCUGAUUCUCAAAUCGAAAUGACCAAAAAAUGGCUGGAUCGGAAUCACCUCGAGAACUUUUGCAAGGGUGAAGAAAGGAUCCAUCGAUUCUGCAUGGAGGUCAGAAUUGCAACGAGGAAACUUGUCGGGGAGACUCUCAGCGACAGCCCUGUGCUCUGGUCCAGCGAUCUUUUUACUCGGGAGAGGAACCUGUACGACGUCCAUGCGAGCAACGCCUUUAGUGCUCAGCCGAGUACAAGGGCUGCUAGCGUCUGGAGUGAACCACUUUCAUCAAGCUCAUUUCCGUCUCGGUCCGGGUUUGCCGGAUCCAGGUCGUCUUUCUACAGUCAAGGGUCCAGCCGGCUCGGACGCGACAUAUUAGGAAGUGAUCUGGGGUCAUUGAUCAGUUCACCAGGCCGGGCGACGACGGUGACGACUUUGGAGUCAGGAAGCAGCUUAUGGUCACCUCCCCAAUCGAAUUCAAGAUCCGUCACGACGGCUUCCGUGCAAUCGAGGCCCGCAUCCCUUUUCGAAGAUCUCGGGUUGAAUCGACCGACGGAUUAUAGCCAGGACAAAAUAAAUUUUCUGGAUGGUCUGCAGCAGGAUUUGACCUGUCUGUUACUUUCGGAUCUCGGAUGCCCGGUCUGGAGCCGCGGGAGUGAAACGGAUGCCUGGAUGGAUUCUCUACGGGAGUCCUCCAGUAUUUCUGAGCGAUUAGAGCAGCGAGCUGUCAUGGAACGGCUGCUUCCGAGUGCCGACAAGCAAAGCCCUGCCGCACCGUCUGCUUCCAGGAGCGGGAAGACACUGAAACAGCGGAGCCAAAGCGCGGCUCCGAGCGGACGCGGAUCGGUCACGCAUGACCCAGCCUCAAAUGCCCAUCCAAUCAAAAUGUUACUCACCAAUGGAGGUACACAGGUGGACACUGAGGGCUUCUCAUAUAUGAGCGCGUUCGCCGACAUUCUGUCCCGGGUUUCUGAACACGUGGAUCCCAACUUGAAGCUCAAGGCAAUCCAUGAUUUCAAGAAUUUGUCGCAGAACUUUCAACAAAGCCUGCAAGUGUUAUUCUCCCCUGCACACAACGCGGGCCCACAAGAACAGUCGAAUACGGAGGAGUCUCCGCGGCGUCGCAGUCUCAAUCCCAGCGCCCUCUCGGCGAAUCUUAGUCGGCGGGAGCGUCACAACAAGACGAACUCCCGGGAAAGGAGAGAACUGCGUAGCGAUGAAAAUAAUCUGGUGGAGCUGCUGAAAGGACUUCUCUUUGUUCUUCAACCUAAGACGAUCUUCCGCGACCUACAGUACAUCGCCACCUUUGUUUCUUCUCAUACGUUGGACAACACCGAGAUGGGACGAGCUUUCCUCCAGGUGGGACUAGCAGCGUUGGCUUGGAAGGAUGAGGUCUGUCGUGGUAUGGUGGAUGUAGCCGAUCGCAUUGUGGCGAAAGACUCUAUCAAAAGAGGGAAACGGGGAGGAGAUGGUAAAGAAACCUCGAUUCUGAAGGCCAUGGAAUACUGGAUGAUUGCGGCUCGGGAAGGGAAUGCGAUUGCCCAGAGAGAGCUGGCGAGUCUUUACCUGACGCAUCCGGAUGUGCCACCGAUUGUCAGUCUGCCUCUGACUCUUUCGUCGGAAAUUUUCAAAAGCGACAUGAUGUGGGAAGAACUAGAGGGGUCGCGGCGGAGUCGUCAAGCGCUGUGUCUGGCUCUACAUUGGAUGCAACAGGCGGCGGAAAACGGAGACCAGGUCGCGCAAAUCAAAUUGAAGGAGCGCCGGGCGAGUCGUUCAAUUCGAUAA